AGUUUUGCCACCUUGGAGAUGUUUAAUUAACGCAAAUCCACGGUUUUGACAUGGGCUGGUGUGUCCUCACAGGUUGCCUGGUGUUUGUGUCUCUUAUGAAGGCUCUUGAGAUCCCUGCCCUGUGAAACCACCUGUGCCGUGCGUGUGAGAUUUGUGAGGAAACAUCGUUCCUUAAACGGAGAAUCUCAGUCCUGAAGUUUAUUGUCACUGCUUUGUGAGAUUCAAGAAGACCUUCAGAAGCUUAAAAUGGAAAGAAACAACUUGAAAGGAAAUGCAGAAGCCGUGGAUAUUUGUGACCUCAGAAAAGCAACUGGAAGGACUGAACUUGGGUUGCGAAAACACGCUGAAAAUUAUUUAAAUGUUACAAAUGGCCAAGACUUAACUUUUUCUUCAGCUGGUAAUAAAGAAGUGAAUUCCAAAGAGGCCCCGAAGUGGAAUUUUCCUUUUGGUGCCUGUGAGAAGCAGCUGGUUCUGCCACCACUCGAGCCUGUGACUGUGCAGAGGUGCAGCAGCUCAGCCCCACGGGUGUGCCAGGGCUCUCAGCAGCAGGUGGAAAUGGAUUUUAAAAUUAUGCUUGACUCAGAAAACAUGGAUAAUAAAGCUGGUUUAAAACACCCCAGUGAGGAGACCAGGCUACCACUUAUAACAAAGAAAAAAUCUGCUCCUAUGUGCAGCCAGAGGUCAGGGAAAGGUGCCACAGUCACCAAGCCUUGGGCUUUGCCUGCCUUUCACUCCCUGGCACAAGACAUCCCCAAAGGUGCCCCGAGCCUCAGUGGCCAAAGGCUCAUCCUUGCAGCAGCAGAGAGGGCUCUGCCAGCCCCUCCUGCUGUGUCCAGAGCAGCAGCUUGUCCUGAAUUCCCCAGGCAGCACAAGGAACCGGCUGUGGGAGAGAUCAGUAGCAGGCUGGACCAUGAGAACACCAACACCAUCACCUUCCCAAAGCCAAAGGAAACAAUUUAUGGCACACAUUCCUCUGGGAAAGGGAACAUUGCACCACUCCCAUCCAGCAAUUCCAUGGUUUCAACAAGGAAAUCAAAGCCAGAGUGGAGGAGUCCAGCUCAGCAGUUGGAAUCUGAGGUGCUCAUUCCCUCUCAGACACAGCUCCCACAAACAGCUCAGCCCUUCCAGGAUCCCUGCUUGGACUGGGAUUUUGCUGUUCACCAGAAAGCUCCAGGUUUCCUGGCACUCCAGCACCACCAUCAUUCCUCUCGGGGGAGCACCGUGAGGAUUUUGGAACCCACAGAAAAGCUCCUCAAAAACCACACCGUCCCCUCGGUCACCCUCGACAGCCAAAAAUCAGCACGAAUCACCUCGGAGUGCGAUUUUAAAGAGAAUCCCACCAAAAGCACUGUUUUGUCAGUGAUGAAGAAGCAGCCAGGUGUGGAAAAGCUCCUAAAAGGAGCUGGCCAGAGCUGCAGAGGCCAUGGGGACGGUGCAGGGGCUGCUGCACACACCCACAGGCAGCAGCAGUGGGCAGCAGCUGUGAUCUGCUCUGCCUGGCACUCCUGGAGUCACCUGGCACGGCUGAGGAAUGCCCUGAGGGAAACACGACACAGACACCUGGAGAAUUUCUACAGCAGGGCCAAGCAUCUGGCAGCCAACUGGAAUCGCAUCAGGACCUCCAGGAGGACUAUUAUCCAUAUCCCAUCAUUAGGAUAUUCCCAAGAAAUCCGUGAGCACAUCCCUGACCUUGGUCUCCAGCAGAACCUGCAGAUGGGGAGGCUCUGUGACAUCCUGGAUGCCAACGUGGACGUCAUCUACAUCUGCCCCCUUGCUCUGAGUGAGGAGUUGGUGCAAUAUUACAAUAAACUCCUGGGUCUGCAGGCAGCUGUUAGAUCUGGGAACCCUGAGGACAUGGCUGACCUGCAGGACAGGUUCAAAAUUCUCACCCCUGAAGCUAUAAACAGCUUCCCUGAGCAUCACAUGUGCCUGGCCACACUGCUCAGGUACAGCCCCAGGACAAUGCAGAGGCUGCAGGCUCUGCUGCAGGGCAGGGAUGCCUACAUGGUUGGGGGAGUUCCCCAUUUGGAUGAUUUGGCUGUGGCUGAUGAGCUCCAGGUGCCUUUUUUGGGCUCAGAGCCAGCAGUGGCUCAGCUCUACAGCACCAAGUCUGGCAGCAAGAGAAUCUUUGCCAGUGCUGGGGUGCCAACCCCUCCUGGAGAGUGGGACAUCCACAGCAGGGAGCAGCUGCUGCGAGCCCUGAGCCGCCUGGUCCUGGACAAUUUGGGGGUGCAGCGCUGGCUCUUCAAGGUGGACGGUGAGAGGGGAGGAGAUGGCACCGCCUUCUGUGACGUCAUUUCCCACCUGGAAUGCUUCCCCUGCAUCCAGGGACACGUUCCCGGCGUGGGCAGGGCUCGGGAGCUAGCUUUGGUGAAGAUCUCCCAGGAGCUGCCGGGCCUUUUAGCACAGCACGUACAGCCAGUCAAUGAGAAACGAUUCCCUACAUGGGAAAAAUUCCUCCAAACAUUUCUUACUCAAGGUGGAGUGAUCGAAGCUUUCCCCUCCUCAGCCGACAUCAGCAACGUGACAGUGGAUCUGCUGAUAGAGCCGACAGGGGAGGUGACCCUGGUGGCAUCUGGGGAUCAGCUCCACGCUGAGGGGCCCCUCACAUCUUCUGGCACCACCAUCCCACAGCGUUCCGUGCAUCCAGACGUUCUUCGAGUUCUCUGCUUGAAAAUCGGGGAGGCCUGUAAAUCCAAAGGGGUGCUUGGCUACUUCUCCGUGGAUUUUGUGGCUUUCACCCAUCCCCAAACGAGGGAGCAGCAGGUGUGGGCAACAGACCUUGACCUUUGCUACAGUGACCAGCUGGCCCUGACCCAGCUCCUGUUGUACAUGACAGAUGGAAACCUGGAUUGUGGCUCCAGCCCCCUGCAAGCACCUCUGGGGACAAAGGGAAGCAGAAGCCAACGGGUCCAGCACGAGGGGACAAAACCUCCCUCCCCAAGCAGCCCCCUGUGUGCCGUGGCCAGCAGCCAGCUGAGGCAUUCCAGCCUCUCAGGGAUCUCCUACAACCUCCUCCUGCACACCUGUAAAACUCGUGGGGUUGGAUUUGACCUGCAGGAAAAACAGGGAACGGUUUUUGUGUUGUAUGAAGACCAAACAAUCGGAGACGAUCUCCAGGGGGUCCUCCUGACCUUUGCUCACCAUCUCUUCAUCAUCCAUCAAGAAAUAUCAGCACCUAAUAUGCAAGGCGAGACCAAUUUUAAGAUGGCAAUUCGAGAUAUUGAAGCAAUUCUAGGAAUUACAGCAGAAAACCAACUGAGAUGGGAAGAAGAACAACGUUGGGAAGCAGAUGCUCUGAAAGAAUAGUUACCAGAAAAUGUUCAAGUGCCUCGUUGCAUCCGCUUCUGGAAAUGUUCCUCGUCUGUAAGAGCAGGUUUGGUUUUCCUUCUGGGCUGGUGGGACAUGAAGUGAGACAGAAAAAUCUC